AUGCGUGCCGCAGCCUUCUUCGCUCUCGUUUCCUCCGCGGUCUCGGCCACUCCUCUCGGCCACCGUUUCCACACCUACUCCAAGGCCAGCAACUCUUGCGCCGUUGUCUUUGACGGCCGUGUCCCUGCCAAUGCCUCCCUGACCGACUUUGAUACCGAGAAUGGCGGUGGCUGGAACCCCUUCAACCCUGGCUAUGUCAAGGGAAACAACAUUUCUUGGUCUGAGAUUCUUCUGCUUCCCAAGAACACCCCUCGAUCUCGAUUCGAUGCUGUCUCUCGAACUGUUCCUCUCGAGGUCACCAUUAGUGAUGAGAGCAUUUUCAUGCAGCAGCACGGCUUCCGUCGGGCCGGUCUGCAGUUUGCCAAGGACGACAAUGAAAAGAGCCCUGCUUCUGAAGGCGUCAAGACACUUCACUUCAGCAUUCUGCAGGACGAGAGCCGGCCUCUCAACCUCAGCCAUGAGUACCUGAAUGUCUGGCAUGAGGCGGGUGACUACUCCAGCAACCAAUUCAACUUUGAGGCUGGUACCAUUAUCGGCCAGGACCUGCCCAAGGAUACCUGGAAGCUUCUCGACCGCACCAACAAGCAGAUCUGGUCCACUCCUAUCCUCAAGGACGUGUGGCAGAACUUUGCCAUCACGCUCGACUUUGACAAGAACACCAUUCAAGCCUGGUACUCGGAGGGCCGAAAGCCCCUCCGAGCUGUCACGGAGCCCAUUUCCAACGAUAACUCUGGACGGGGACAGUACCAGAUUGGUAUUCUCAAGAAGCCUACUGGAACGGAUGAUGUUGUCAACUCUGGUUUCCAGGAGAGUGAUCUCGAUGAGGGAUUGAUCUAUGGUGGUAUCUUUAUUGAGGACAGCAAGGACGGCUGUGUGUCUGCGUAA